CUUGCUACCGCCCUCUAGGGGGCUGCCACGGAGCAUACUGGGAAGAAAGCUGAAGCUAGGUCACCUUUGAGAAGAGCGGAGGGUUUCGGUCUAGGUACCCGAUCCGAGAUGUGGUUCGAGAUUCUCCCUGGACUUUCCGUCAUGGCCGUGUGCUUGGUCAUUCCGGGAGUGGCUACUGCAUACAUUCACAGGUUCACUAACGGGGGCAAGGAAAAAAGGGUUGCCCACUUCCCAUAUCAGUGGUAUUUGAUGGAAAGAGAUAGGCGAAUUUCUGGAGUUAAUCGUUACUAUGUGUCAAAGGGUUUGGAGAACAUUGAUUAAGGGAGCAUUUUCCUGAUGAAAAAUGACUCUGUUGUGGUCAUCUAACCCUGCUGGAAGUUUAAGCAGUGUAUUAUGUAGUGUGCAGUUUACUGUGUUAGGUAAUGCUUAAUAAAAACAAAAUGAAAAAGCAAAA